CAAUUUGUCAUUUUCUUUGCUGAUACAAAACCAAUGCCAAUUUCCUUAAACUUUCCAGCCAUCUAAUGGCUAUGAGUAGUACUUUGGUGCUAGAGAUGAGAAUUGUUACUCUGUUGCCAUAUGUUUGAAUCAUACUUCCCAUUUUGUACUACUUGGACUAGUAUUACCGACCCAAAAUACUGCAAAGAGGUUAUGUUUAGUUACGUUUUGAAAACAGCUUUUUUGAGUGUAUAUGUUUUAGGAAUUCAAACAUAAAAGUUUUCUUGAAGAUUUUCUCAGUGAAUUUAAGUUAUGUUACUGUACUUGAUUAGGAAGUAAAUCUUAAUUAUAAAACAUUAAAAUGGUUGUAGAGCAAAAAAGAAAAGCAAGCGACUUUGCUUUGGUGCCGAGUAAAAAGCCUCGAAAUGAAGUUGCUAAUAAAAGUAAUAAUAGCACUGCCUUACAACCGGUACCAGCAAGGACCUCAAACUUGUUUGCUCCUAUCAUGCUGCUUGAGGGACAUGAGGGAGAAAUAUUCACAGUAGAUUUUCAUCCAGAAGGUCAAUAUUUGGUUUCUUCAGGAUUUGACAGGAAAAUAUUCUUAUGGAGUGUGUAUGGAGAAUGUGAAAACAUCUCAGUAAUGACUGGGCACACAGGAGCUGUAACAGAACUGCACUUCACCACUGAUGGUUCACAUGUAUUCACAUCAAGCACUGAUCACACCCUAGGCCUGUGGGAUAUUGUAACUGCACAGAGGGUGAAGAAGUACAAGGGGCAUACCACAUUUGUAAACUGUGUCCAAGGGGCAAGACGUGGUCCUCAAUUAUUGUGUUCAGGGGGUGAUGAUAGCACACUCAGGUUGUGGGAUACAAGGAAAAAGCAAAAUGUGGCAACUAUGAAUACUACUUAUCAAACCACAGCUGUUAGUUUUAAUGAUGUGGCUGAUCAGAUUUUCAGUGGAGGCAUUGAUAAUGACAUCAAGGUUUGGGACCUUAGAACUAAAGAAAUCCUGUACGUCCUCAGAGGUCAUACUGACACAAUCACAGGACUUGCACUGAGUUCAGAUGGCAACUACCUGCUCAGCAAUGCCAUGGACAAUACCUUGAGAAUCUGGGACGUCCGACCACUGAGACAAGAACGUUGUGUAAAAAUCUUCAGCGGCCAUCAACACAAUUUCGAAAAGAAUCUUCUAAGAUGUGCAUGGUCACCAGAUGAUAGCAAGAUUAGUGCCGGAUCUGCAGAUCGUUUUGUUUAUGUUUGGGACACGAAUUCGAGAAGAAUAUUGUAUAAGUUGCCUGGGCAUAAUGGUAACGUCAAUGAUGUCAAGUUUCAUCCUAAUGAACCAAUAAUUGCUUCAGGUGGAAGUGACAAACAGAUAUAUCUGGGUGAAAUAGAUUAAAAGAAUGUAUGGCUUUUCAUUUGGUUCUGAUUUUUGUCAUUUUAUGAGCCAAGGUUUUAUCUUUUCUAGAUUGUUAAAGCCUUUUCUCUUUUAUGAUGUUAGUAUGCAUAAAAGUAACAUGAAAUAUGACGGAGAUCUUCCAAAAAGUUGUAUGCACUUUCAGAUUCCAUAAGUCAUUUUAAGUACAAUUGUAGUAAUUGAAUUAAUAUGUAUUUUUCGUGAAUAUUGUUUUUCAUUUCACCUCAACCAUGAUUAAGAUACCCAAGAGAAAUGUUGUGGGAUCAAAAAAGUAAAAUGCGACGACUAACAACAAAAUUAUGUAUUUUUUACAUAUUUACAUAUGGAAACAAAAAGAAGUGUUUAUUCAAAAUACAUAUAAACCUCGUAUUCCUAAAAAAUAUAGGUUUACUUACAAAAAUCACAUUGUUAUAAUGUAAAUGCUUGAUUACUGACUAAAACUACUACUUAAUCACAUUUCAUG